AUGGCGGAAGGACGCAGAGAACAGCCGCCCCAUCCUCUCCUCUCCUUACCCCCGGCAAGCAAGCGACCCUGCCUGCGCCCUGCUCCCCGAGGUCCCGGUCCGGGGCCCGGCCACGGCAGCGGCUUCUCCAGCUCCCGGUACCGCUCGCCGGAGUCACUCCUGGACUGCGCUGCGAAGGCAGUGGCGGAGAAGUGGGCCUUCGAGAGAGUGGAGGAGCGCUUCGAGCGGAUCCCGGAGCCCGUCCAGCGCCGCAUCGUCUAUUGGUCUUUUCCCCGCAACGAAAAGGAGAUAUGCAUGUACUCUUCAUUUCAGUGCCGAGUCGCCGGCGAAGAGGGUCCGUCGGCGGCUACCGGUGGGGCUGGGGGUGCUGGGUCCGGGGCUGCUACCACCGGCGGUGGCGGAGGAACUACCGCCGGUACGACGUCUACCGCUGGGGCAGCCGGAGCAGUGGGGACGGGAGACGGCUUGCCUUUCCGCCGCGGUAUCAGACUGCUGGAAACCGGCUGUGUGGAAAACGUUUUACAAGUCGGGUUUCACCUCAGCGGCACCGUAACCGAACCCGCCACGUCGUCGGAGCCAGAGGUCACCCACAAGGUGGCCAUCAGCUUCGACCGCUGCAAGAUAACAUCCGUCACCUGCGGCUGCGGGAACCGAGACAUCUUCUACUGCGCCCAUGUGGUGGCGCUCUCCCUCUACCGCAUACGCAAGCCUGAGCAGGUGAAACUGCGGUUGCCCAUCUCCGAGACUCUGUUCCAGAUGAACAGAGAUCAGCUGCAGAAGCUGGUCCAGUAUCUGAUAACAGCCCACCACACCGAGGUGCUGCCCACCGCUCAGAAACUGGCCGAUGAGAUCCUCUCCUCCAACUCGGAGAUCAACCAGGUGCACGGUGCCCCAGACCCAACUGCAGGCGCCAGCAUUGACGAUGACAACUGCUGGCAUCUGGACGAGGACCAAGUGAGAGAGCAAGUCAAACAGUUUCUGUCCCAGGGAGGAUACUACGGCUCUGGGAAACAACUCAACUCCAUGUUUGCUAAGGUGCGUGAGAUGCUGCGAAUGCGGGACUCCAACGGUGCCCGGAUGUUGACGCUCAUAACAGAGCAGUUCAUGGCCGAUCCUCGCCUAUCACUGUGGAGACAGCAGGGCACGGGCAUGACGGACAAGUGUCGGCAGCUCUGGGACGAACUGGGUGCAUUGUGGGUGUGCGUGGUGCUGAACCCCCACUGUAAGAGCGAGGAGAAGAGCGGCUGGCUGAAGCAGCUGAAGAAGUGGGGGGACAUGGACGUAUGCCCGCUGGAGGACGGCAACUACGGCAGCGAGCUGCCAAACAUCACCAACGCACUGCCACAGAGCAACUUGGCACAGGAUUCUCUGUCCAGGCCGAGGAGGACGGUGUUCAGCAGGGCGAUGGAGGCCUGCGACCUCCACUGGCAGGACAGCCACCUCCAGAGAAUCAUCAGCAGCGACUACUACAUGUCUCCUUCCUACCAGAGAGAGGGGGAGAGCCUGCUGUUUAACCCACAGGGCCUGCCACUCUGGCUAGAUCAUGUCCCGACAGCAUGCGCUCGUGUCGACGCCCUGCGCUCUCACGGCUACUCCAGGGAAGCCCUGCGACUGGCCGUCGCCAUCAUCAACACGCUCCGCCUGCAACAGCAGAGACAGAUGGACAUCUACAAGCACCAAAAGAAAGAGCUGCUCCAGAGGGGAGUGACGUCCACCACCAACCUGGAGGGCUGGGUCGGCCAUCCUUUAGACCCCAUCGGCUGUUUGUUCACCACGCUCACCGAGACCUGCCGCAUGGACGACGACAGCAGCAUGGACACCGGAGAAGGUGACCCCAGGCCUCCAGUCUACCACCACGUCCCGGUGUGGGGCAGCGGGGACGGAGGGGAGUCGUACCUGGCUCUUGCCCUGGAGGUGGCGCUGAUGGGUAUGGGCCAGCAGAGGAUGAUGCCCGAGGGCCUGUACGCUCAGGACAAGGUGUGUCGUAACGAGGAGCAGAUCGUGGCGAAGCUACAGGAGCUGGAGCUGGACGACCUUCUUGUUCAGACACUCCGGAAACAGGCCAUCCAGCUGCUAGAAGCUGGUCCGUUCAGCGGCCUGGGCGAGGUCAUCCACAGGGAGAGCGUCCCCAUGCACACCUUCGCCAAGUACCUCUUCUCUGCCCUGCUGCCACACGAUGCCGACCUGGCAUACAAAGUGGCACUCCGCGCCAUGAGGCUGCCGGUGCUGGAGUCGUCCGCGGGCUCCGGGGACGUGGGCCACCCUCACCACGGCAUCUCCAUCGUUCCCAGCAGAUACCCCCGCUGGUUCACACUGGGACACCUGGAGUCACAGCAGUGUGAGCUGGCCUCUACCAUGCUCACUGCAGCUAAAGGUGACAUGUUAAGGUUGCGCACGGUGCUGGAGGCCAUCCAGAAAAACAUCCACUCUUCCUCCCUCAUCUUCAAGCUGGCCCAGGAUGCCUUUAAGAUCGCCACACCCGCAGACAGCCCUCCCGAUAUAACCCUGCUCAACGUGGCACUGGAACUAGGACUGCAGGUAAUGAGGAUGACUCUGUCCACGCUCAACUGGAGAAGGAGAGAGAUGGUGCGCUGGCUGGUUACCUGUGCCACCGAAGUCGGUCUGCGAGCACUGGUGAGUAUUUUACAGAGCUGGUACACCCUCUUCACUCCGACCGAGGCCACCAGCAUCGUGGCGGCCACCGUCAUGUCCCACAACACCAUUCUGCGCCUCAGCCUCGACUACCCGCAGCGCGAGGAGCUGGCCAGCUGUGCCCGGACGCUUGCCCUGCAGUGCGCCAUGAAGGACCCCCAGAACUGCGCCCUGUCGGCCCUCACGCUCUGCGAGAAGGACCACAUCGCCUUUGAGACGGCCUACCAGAUCGUGAUCGACGCCGCGUCGACGGGAAUGACCUACUCGCAGCUGUUCACCAUCGCGAGGUACAUGGAACACCGAGGAUACCCGCUGCGGUCGUUUAAGUUGGCGUCCCUCGCCAUGACCCACCUGAACCUGGCAUAUAACCAGGACACCCACCCAGCUAUUAACGACGUGCUCUGGGCCUGCGCGCUCAGCCACUCCCUGGGCAAAAACGAGCUGGCAGCCAUUAUUCCCCUAGUGGUGAAGAGCGUGCACUGCGCCACCGUGCUGUCUGACAUCCUCCGGCGGUGCACCAUGACGGCGCCGGGCCUCGCAGGCAUUCCCGGGAGAAGGAACUCUGGGAAGCUGAUGUCGACGGACAAAGCGCCCCUGCGGCAGCUGCUGGACGCCACGAUCUCGGCGUACAUCAACACCACGCACUCUCGGCUGACGCACAUCAGCCCGCGGCACUACGGAGAGUUCAUCGAGUUCCUGAGCAAAGCCCGGGAGACGUUCCUGCUGGCACAGGAUGGGCACAUUCAGUUCGCCCAGUUCAUAGACAACCUUAAACAGAUCUACAAGGGCAAGAAGAAACUGAUGAUGUUGGUGAGGGAGCGCUUCGGCUGACACCUUGCCCUUCCUCUGACCUUACCCUCCCUCACAGGGACCUUCUUCUAGGGAACUAGUUUGACUUAUUUGUUUCUAUUUAAGGUUUUUUGGAUUUCGUGUAUUUUUACUUAUGUCGAGCCAUUUGUCGACUGAGUCUUAAGUUUUUGUCCUGUUUUGUUGUUUUGUUUUGUUUUUUUUUGAAUGUGAACCAGGAAGUGUUCACAGUACAUUGCUCUACUUCUUUAAGACUGCAAAAACGGGGGAAACGGCUUGCUAUUUCAAAGAAACAACAAAAACAAAGCGUUUGCUCCCGCCCCAACUAAUGUCGAGUCUAGUAUAAAAAAACAUUAAAGGAUCGCGAUGGGAAAAAAAAAAAAAGAGAGAGAAACUUUGGAGGUGUCACAUGACGAUAUAAGAACCAAAUGAAUUUGUUGUACGGGGUACUUACUCUGAGCCAGGGGAUGUUUUCAGAGGUGGUUUUCACGGCGGGAAAAAACAUGUCAUUCCAAAAAAAAAAAACAAAAAAAAAAAACACUGAGGUCGAAAACACACAUAGUGUUAAUGUCAUACCUCGACUGUAUUAUUUGUCAGCUUUAACUUCUCUAUCAGAAACGGCCUCUUGUUUCGUUCAGGGCAUCGUAGAGUAGAGGAGGCACUACCAACCAACACACAGGUUUCUAGACUUGACUAAAGCCACUCUGAACUAGCUCCUGUCCUCCGGACCCGUCGGUCGAGCGUGUUUCCUUGUAAAGUAUAUCUUCAAAAAGAACAGAGUGCAUGUCUUCAAAUACAGAGGCCCGAGAGGGACAUUCUUCAGGCCGCCGUCGCUAAGGUAGAGUAGUUUGAGGCUAUACGUGCACAUAUAAAUAUAUAUAUGUCGAUAUAUCUCGUACGUCCUCCUGUAAGCUUAUUAACAUUGACAAAACACAACUGUGAUGAGCGAUGGGGUCACAGCACUCCCAUCUUCGGAGAUACCACUGCACUGCUGUCUAGCUACUUGUGGCCAAAACCUUCUAAUCUAAGAAAAAGAAGAAAAAAGAAAAAAAAAAACACGGUGAUUCACUUGCUAGAUCAAGACUUAAUAAGCAAUAUUAGCCAAGUGUCUGCUUACGUUUUUGUUGCCCGGCAGAGUUCAUUUCCUCUGUUUUGUCCGGACGCUUUGGGAACUCUCGCUGAUUUCAGUGCUACAACUCCUGUCUCGCCGUCGGCUCUGCCUGUAGCUAAAACAGCCGAGGGUGUUUUAGCUCCCUACCCGUGUAUGCUACUGGUUCUGAUGAUUAUGGACUGUGAAUUUGAGUGGCCUUGUCUUACUCCAAGGGUUACAGAUACACAGUACAAAACCAACAACAAAUACUGUAUAUUUUAUGGAUAAAUACAUAUUAAUCACGCAUACUCUUAAGACCACAUGCCUUGGUGCAGGAUGUUUUGUUUUCCUGUCUCCGGAGGACGCUCCCAGGCCUGUCCUCCCUCUUCUUAACCCAGUGGCAAAGUGUUUUUUUUUUGGAUAAUGGCAGUAUACAGUGCAGCAAGAGCUUGAAUCUUUAGUGGUAGGACAAAAUGUCAUCGUACAAGCACUUCACACAUAUACCUCCUCAGUACGUUCCUGCCUGCUUCAGCAUUUAUUUAUUGAUCGUUUUAGAGACUUUGUAUGACUGAGUAGGAAUCGCAGACACACACACACACACACACACACACACACACACACAAAACGGAACAGGACUAUAUUUAAGAUACAGUGGAUAUGAGUCAGCCCGUCGAUGGCGGUUCAGUUUUGCCAGAAGGAAAAUCUAAAGGAGGCUCUUGACUGGGGGGAAACAUUUUCACGUCUGCUUUUACAUUCCAUGAGAGCUACCUUCACCCACGCCGGGUAGUCAGUCACAACUCUGGGCCUUUUUUGAUCUGAAGAAACACCAGAUAGAAGAACGAGAAAAGGAAAACCGAGCAAAAGAAAGACGAAAAUAAAAAAGAGAGGCUAAACUCAGUUCUCAGGGAAAUCACUUAAAGAAACAAAAAAAAAAGUAGUAGCAUUAAGCAUUUAAGAUAUUGUAAAUAUUAAAGUGUCAAUUCAGAAAAUUGUAAAGUUAUAAUUAUUUAUGAUAAGUAUGUUUUGUUUUUGUUUUUCUUUGUAUUUCUUUUUUUUUUUUUUUUUUUUUGGUUUUGGGCAGGGGGUGUACUUGAAUUGUGUUUCGGGCGGGGAACGUGACGCCGUUUUUUUGUAAGAGCAAAGACUUCAAGGCAUUUCUCAGGUGCUCCUGUGUACAUUUCUUUCAGUUUGUUUUUUGCUAUUAAACCUAUUAUUAUUUGUAUGUUUUUUUUGUGAUUUCAGUUUUGCAAAAGAUAAAAAAAAAAAAAAUGUUUUCUAAAAGGAAGCAUGUUAUUUGGACUUGAGAAAAAUAAGGAAGGCAUUCAUUUGUAAACGGAUACAAAAACCUGACUAUGCAGAACCACUUGAUGGUCGUGUCGCCUCUUAAAGAUCCCCCCACCUAAACCCACACCUAGAAGGGAGGAACUAAAGAAAGGGGGCGGAACCACUAUUUAAGAAGGGGACAGACAAAGACGAGACAUAGCAUGCUUGUAUUUGGACAAUGCGCAGUAGCCAGCCUGCACACGCUGCAACAUGUAGAAAAAAAAAAAAAGAGGAAAAAAAACGAAAAAAAAAAGUUUGAAAACGGUGGAAGAUGCCUUUUGACCGAUCAUUGUACAAAGUUUUGUUUUGCUUUACUUCUUUCUGUUCUUCUUAAUCAGGACUCAAGCCUUUAGUGUCUUCUUCUCAGAGUCAAAAUGUGUUGUGUCACGGCACUGCUGAGAGAGAGAACAACAAUAAACGGAGGGUCAGGAACUUAGAAACGGCAACACGUGAACAAAAGUUGAAGGAGGAGCUCGUGUUCGUUCCUGUUGCCCGAUGGUUUGUGUUUUCAGUUUCCAACCCCCCAUCCACUUGCUUUCUCUUGAUUCCCUUUAGCCUAAAAAAAUCCAGCCGGGUUCACAUUCUCUCUCUCUUGUGCUCAUUUCUCUUUCAUUUUUUUUUUUUUUUUUUUGUUGUCCAUCGCAUCAUUUCUCCUCACAUCCUAACAUCAUGCGAUGUACCAGUCUGACCAGUCUGUCUGUCAGCGACCACCUUCCAGUGCAGCCCCCCCCUUUCUCUGCUCCUGCAUUCCCAUAUCCUCAGUGCCCUGCAGGAACCUCGUAUCUCCAAAAUAUCAGCCUUGUGACUUCACGAAAAACGGACAGAUGUCAUGCUUUUCUCAUGUUUUACAGUGUCGUGAUAAAUUUUCCUCACCUCGGCGACACAAAAAGAGUCGCGAGGUUUUCACAGGACGAGCAGAGCUGAACCAACCUGUAGGGCGCGACUUGAAUGUGAUAUGGCUGAUUUGCUAAUGAGGGUAAAACACAUUAUUAUUAUUGUUUUUUGUUUUUUUUUUCCUUAAUGAGUCAUUGUUUUACGCACUGCUUCAGCUGGAAGGUACAGACGGCUGCCUGGAUGUGACGUUUUGUUAAUCUGACAGCAUUGCAGCAACAAACUCCCCUUCUGACGAGAUCUUCUUCUCCCUUUUUCUUAUCUCUUGCUUUCUGUUACCUGUAUCCACCCAUUCCUGUCUUUCUUUUUUUUUUGGCAUUUGUUUCUUAGAAGGAGAGAGUCAUAUUUGCUGGUAGAUUGUUCACUAGUUCACCUACUGUUUCUCAUUUUGAUUUCCUUUUCAAUUUUUUAUUCUUUCUAACUUAAGGGAAAAUUGAAAGUGUUUGUCGCCUCUUUGUGCUACUGAUUAUGAAAAGGUAUUUCCAGUAUUUGUUGCCACAGAAGUAUGAUAGCUCAUCAUCAACACUUUUUGUUUUUGUUUUUUAUUUGUAAUUUUUUGUGCGACUUCUUGAGCUACUGUCUAUAAAGCGAGAAUUUAUUACUAUUUAUGUAACGCUACUACCAUUUUAUAUUGAUUUGUGUUGGAAUCUCAGUGCUUUUCUAUGAAUAAAGUGUGAAACACG